AGGAGUGAGACGGGGACACGGAGCCGAGCGCCCGCGGUAAGGCCCUGUGGGACACCGGGAGUCAGCGGGCUGCACCAGGCUGCUCCAGGCCUCAGUUUCCCUAAGGAUGCAGAGAAACAGAGCGGGAUUUGAUUCUGUGCUUGUCUGAAGCCAACCAGAGCUGUGGCAGUGAACCGUCAUCUCCAUCCGUGAGCCAGGAGCCCCAUAGGACGCGGCGUCCCACUGCCAACCUUUGCGUUCCCUCCCAGCCAUCAUGGUGGGCCUGAAGCCCCCCGAGGUGCCCCCCACGGCCGCCGUGAAGUUCUUCAGCGCCGGGACGGCCGCCUGCAUCGCCGACCUCUGCACCUUCCCCCUGGACACCGCCAAAGUGAGGCUGCAGAUCCAGGGUGAGGUGAGGAUCCCACGCAGCACCAACACGGUGGAGUACCGGGGUGUGCUGGGCACGCUGAGCACCAUGGUGCGAACCGAGGGACCCCGCAGCCUCUACAGUGGGCUGGUGGCCGGGCUGCAGCGGCAGAUGAGCUUCGCCUCCAUCCGCAUCGGGCUCUAUGACUCUGUGAAGCAGCUCUACACCCCAAAAGGGGCUGAGAGCACAGGGCUGCUGGCGCGGCUGCUGGCGGGCUGCACCACGGGGGCCGUGGCGGUGACGUGCGCCCAGCCCACCGACGUGGUCAAGGUGAGGUUCCAGGCUCUUGGGGCACUGCCAGAGAGCAACCGUCGGUACAGCGGCACCGUGGAUGCCUACAGGACCAUCGCCAGGGAGGAGGGAGUGCGUGGGCUGUGGAGAGGGACGCUGCCCAACAUCGCCCGCAAUGCCAUCAUUAACUGCGGUGAGCUCGUCACCUACGACCUCAUCAAGGACACGCUGCUGCGGGCGCAGCUGAUGACAGACAACGUCCCCUGUCACUUCGUGGCUGCUUUUGGGGCCGGAUUCUGCGCCACGGUGGUGGCGUCACCGGUGGAUGUGGUGAAGACGCGGUACAUGAAUGCCAGCCCUGGGCAGUACCGGAAUGUGCCCAGCUGCCUGCUGGCCCUGCUGAUGCAGGACGGCAUCUCUGGCCUCUACAAGGGGUUCGUCCCCUCCUUCCUGCGUCUCGGCUCCUGGAACGUGGUGAUGUUCAUCUCCUAUGAGCAGCUGCAGCGUGUGGUGAUGCUGGCCCGGUCUGCACCCCCCUGAUCGUCCCCCAGCCCCACUCGUCAGCGCUGAUGAGCUGCAGCAGUCAGUUAUAUUAAUUGCUGAAGCAGCGGGGAAGGGAGACAGCAAAAGUCCCCAACCCUAUGGGAUGAGAGGGACCAAAGGCGGCUCUGUGAGGGUCCAGCAGGAGGAGAAUGGAGAGAAGGGGAGGAUGGAGGUGUCCAGAGCAGAGAGAGGAGAAGGAAGAAGGUGUUGAGGUUUUCCAGUUGGGAACAGCGGUGCUUUCCAGCAGCAGUGGGACAGAGAGGUGGGAAGGAGCAGUGUGGGGUGGGGGGUGUGGUGAAUCCAGGUAUUCCUCACUGAUGCUGCAAAUAAAUCACCCCUAUGGGGUUUAUCUCAGCA